CGGCCGGGUUUCGGCCGCUCGGUAGGUGGCCGGGGGCGGCAAGGCGGGGCGCCCCGGGCGCGAGUCGCGGGGCUGCGCUCGGGUGCGCUCCUGGGCGCACGGUGCCGCGCCUUUGAGUCAGCAAACUCCGCGCCCGCCUGCGCGCAGCCCAGCCCGGAGCCCGGAGCCCGGAGCCGCCGCUUCAUCUUGUCCUGUGCUGAAGAUGUUUCCAGAAGAACAGAAAGAGGAGUUCGUAAGUGUCUGGGUUCGAGAUCCGAGGAUUCAGAAGGAGGACUACUGGCAUUCUUACAUUGACUAUGAGAUAUGCAUCCAUACCAACAGCAUGUGUUUCACAAUGAAAACAUCCUGUGUCCGGCGAAGAUACAGAGAAUUUGUGUGGCUGAGGCAGAGACUCCAGAAUAAUGCCCUGUUGGUACAACUUCCAGAACUUCCAUCAAAAAAUCUGUUUUUCAACAUGAAUAAUCGCCAGCAUGUAGACCAGCGUCGACAGGGUUUGGAAGACUUUCUCAGAAAGGUCCUCCAGAAUGCACUUCUGCUGUCAGACAGCAGCCUUCACCUCUUCCUGCAGAGCCACCUAAACUCAGAGGACAUUGAGGCUUGUGUGUCUGGGCAGACCAAGUACUCAGUAGAAGAAGCCAUUCACAAGUUUGCUCUGAUGAAUAGACGGUUCCCUGAAGAAGAUGAAGGAGGAAAAAAAGAAAAUGAUGUAGAUUAUGACUCAGAAAGUUCAUCCUCUGGGUUUGGACAUAGUAGUGAUGACAGCAGUUCACACGGAUGUAAAAACAACACAGCUCCACAGAAACCCUGAAAAAGAAUCCUAAUGUUACCCCUUAGGAAUAGUAAAUUAUGUCCAGUCAUAGAGGAGCAAGCUUGCGGCUAAAGCUGUUCGUACCUAAAGCUCACCGUCAUGAUAUUAAGUGUGUUCAAAUUUGUAAAGACCUUGGGUUGUUUAUUAGUGGCUUUUUUUGUUUGUUUUGGUGAUGAUUGUUAACUUUUUUGGUUAAGCUUCUGUGAAAAAAAAAAAAGCUAAAAACCUGUGAAUGCAGUAUUAUCCCCUAUAAGUGAACAUUAUUGAUAAAAUAAGAUUCUGCUUGGAUUGGAAACUUUUGCUGUGUUGGGGGAAAAAAAUGGAGAUGGCUUGAUUGAAUUGUAAAAGAGAGGAAAAUCAGGAGCAUUUCCAAUUUAGCUCCAGCAUUUCUCCUUGUAUCAAUGGGGCAGUAUUAUUGUCAACAUAACCUGGAUGGUUUUAACCACUAUGGAGACUGGCAGCCUAGACCAGCCUGCCUUUCAGAAAUGAGGCUGGUAUUUUGUGGGUACUUCCCCCUAUGCAGGGAAAACAUGACUUUUGGGUUUCUGAAGUCAUGAACUUCAGGAAGAGGGUUUAACCUUUCCCGUUAUCUGUUCAUGCUCAGUUGAAAAUGUACCUUUAUGACUCAGGCAUGUUCAAAUGAUGUUUACAUCUUAGGAAACACACACACACACACACACACACACACAGGAAACACACACACACACACAGGAAACACACACACAUAUACAUACACACACAGAUAUUCCUAAGAAUUUUGCUUGUAUUUGUAGUAUAUAGCGUCAGAAAUACAUUUUCAUUGUCUAAAAUCAGCUUAGACACGUGGCUUCUGGAAACAAAGCGUUUGUUUUCAUUGUCAGCUGAUAAUUAGAAUCACAGAUCAAGGAUUUAUUUUCUGACUAAAUGUGCACUUAUCGUUCAGUGAUGUUCAGUUAUCAGUGCUGGUUACUUGUUACUUGAGUUAAAAGUAGGAUGCUAAUAAUAAUAAAUUCAACUUCACCAAAAGAUUUUAAAAGGCUGUUAACUUAAUAACUUCAGACUUAUUUAUUUUGUAAAAAACCUUUUCUUUU